UGCAGAGGACCGCGCUCGAGAGAGAGAGAUCCUGCCAUAUUUGCCGCUUGUCUAAAGCACGCUCAAGCUUCCGGGUUUGCACAAGGCCCUGAAGAAGGGAAUUUCCAUUGCUACAUUCAUUAGAAACAUGACAAAAAUUCCUGGACUAUUGCUAAAAGAAGGCCACGGGCGUUUGGAAGAAAUGGGGCGUAAGAGGAGUGAAAUAUCGUCUACCCUUAAACGAGGGCAUGAACUGCAGAAGAAACUGAACCCUGACUCCGAAUUCCAUAAGAAACGUGACAUCGACGGCCUGAAGGAUGCGGUACUGCAAGUCAAAGAAUUUCUCGACAGAAUCCCAGGUGGUGAAAAAGGAGCCCCGGAAGAACUGGAUGUCGCAUACAAAGCUAUUGUUGCUGUGAAGCAGGUUCCAAAGAAGGAGAAACCGUCGCUCAAUGUCGAGGAUCUCGAUCUGUAUGAAUAUUGAAUCGCUGAGAUGUAUUAGGAACAUUUCAAUUUGUACUAUAGGCUACUAUCCCGAGUUUAUCCUGCUGUACCGA